GGUAGCGUCAUAUGGAAAUCAACAAUCUAUCGUUUUGAAAACCAUAAUAACAGUCUAAAAAUUCUAAAGAAGAUAACUUAGAAGGAACCUUCAAAAUGUUUUAUGAGCUCCCUUUUGACCAUUUGAUUUCUAGGAAAGGGUGCUGAAACAUGGAAGGCAGCUAUUCCAUUCCUAGUCAUGCAGAGGACCUGACGAAAUGUAUGUAUGAAUUACAGCAGGAUGGGACAUUCUGUGAUGCAGGCCUUGAGUGUAAAGAUGGCGUCAUAUUUGUUCAUAAACUUGUUCUAAUGGCAUGUAGAAGUCCAUAUUUGAGGAAUCAAUUGGCAUCUGAAAGUCACAGUACAAGAGUUUAUGUCAGUCUUAAGAAUUAUUCUUUAAAAAUAGUUUGCUGUUUGGUGCAGACCCUAUAUACAGGACAGUCAAAUAUUUCCCAGGAGAACGAAGUAAAUUUUAGACUUUUGUGUGAGACUAUAGGGAUUGACAAUAUAAAAUCUGCGGCUGAAAAUUUAAUUCAGGUAGACCAAAUUGUUAAUGAAGUCGAAAGCAUAAAUCCAUUUUGUGCUGUUCAAGUUGAAGAGGAAAUAAUAGAAUACCAGGAUGGAAUCACAUGUACAGCACGAGUGGCAUCUGCCAAUCAUAGACCAGAUGACAACUUCAUUGACAGUACAAGCACUGUUGAUAAUGUAGAGGAUCUCAACAAUAAAAUCAGUGAUGUAAAUCAAGAUUUUGAAGUUGAAAUGGAGGCUAACAAAUCGUUGGAUCUGCCCACAAUAAGAGAAACAAGAAGCAACAAGAGAAGAAAAAUUUUCCAUAAUGAGAACCCUUCCCAAGCAAAAGACAAUGCCACCUCAGCUAACGUGGCUGAAAUAUUGACCAUUGCAAAACAGUUGUCUGGAAUAGAUGAAGCCCAGCCAUCUAAACCUGUUUCUACUUGUCUAGAUCAAACUAAAUCCAGUUUAUGUUAUCUAUGUAAAAAAGAAUUUGUCAAUGAAGGGGAAAAUGUUACAGAACCAAGCAAGACAGUGUGUACAGAAUGUAUGGUUUUAUUUAGUGAAGUAACCAAUCAUGACCAAGAGAUGGAAAGUAAACCAGACCAAACACAGAAUUAUAACAGUGAAGAUGCUGGAGAAGACAGCGAAAAGGAUAUUGUCGAUUUGGAAGAAGAAUGUAUAAAGAAGACUGGAAAAGAAGGAUCACUACUUCCAGAACGCAUUUUCUUAGAAGAAGGUGACAGAGAUCAAUUACCCUGCUCACAAGAACAAAUACUCAUUGAUGAAUGUGAAAGCUAUCAAAUAUCUGACAAAAAGCUUAGAAAUAAUAGCCAAUCAAAUAAAGUAAGGAAAGAGUCAGGUGACAUCAAUCAAGAAAAGCUGUGGCAUUGUAAAAAGUGUGAAUUUUCAACAGGUGACAAGGAGGAACAGGUGAGACACAGACAACGUCACUGUUACCUUGAACGAAAACUCGGAAUGUCUAAACUAUGUAAACCUCCAAAAUAUUCAUGUGAUGAAUGCGGAAAGGAAUACGAUAGGGAAAACACUUUGAUUAAACAUCAAGAAAUAGUGCAUUCGGCUAAGCCUAUAUUGAGAUGUGUACUUAGAGGGUGUAAAUCACGUUUCGUGGAAGAAUCUGCUUUACAAAAUCAUUUGUUAUGGCACAAAUCACAAGGUGUCCUGAAAUGUAGGAAAUGUGCACAGGUAUUUGUACUAAAGGGUGCACUGAAAAGACACGAGGAUUAUUGUGUCAAAAGAUUAAUGUUUCGAUGUGACAUUUGUAAUAAAGUGUAUAAAGCCCAAAAAAAUCUUUCUGAACAUAUAAGUAAAAUUCAUUGUGAGGGGGGUAAAGGCUUCAAUUAUAGGGAAUCUUUAAAACUAAAAAGAAGUAUCAACAGUACGGCUUCUGUAGUUGAUAAGAAUAAAAGGGCAAGUUUAACAGUCGAUAAUACUACUACGAUAGAAGAGUUUAAUGCUGAUAAUGUUGAGGAAUUUGUUCAAAGGAUGAAUUCAAUUUUACACACCCAGAGAAACGAAAACAAAUCAAAACAGACACAAGACGUUUAUCGUUGUUCACAUUGUGAGUUCUCAACAGAAGAUAAGACACAGUAUACUAAACAUAGAACACACCAUUCUUACCUUAUAAGAAAGCAAAAGGAUGCUGAACCACAAUUACACACUUGUGAUAAGUGUGAAACAGCGCAUAAAACUACGUUUGCCUCGAAAGUUCAUACGGAAAAGGUACAUUCUUUGGUAUUUGAAUGCUUAGAGAAAGGUUGUUUUAAAUAUUUUUCUGAUGAACACAAGUUGAAUGAACAUUUAUUAGAGCAUAAGAAAACUGGUUUAAUACAAUGUGGGAAAUGUGCAAAAUCCUUCGUUACAAAACAUGAUUUGAUAGAACAUGAGGAUAGCUGCCUUCCUAUGGAAACUGGUGGUGAAACCGAUGAAAACAACGACAUGAACGACGAUGAUGUUGAUGAUGAUGAUGAUGAUAAUGACGACAUUGAGGGUAUUGUUAAAACGUUAAAUAAGGCUAUCAAUAAGAAAAGGACAAAGGUUUAUAAAUGUGAUGAAUGUAAUUUUUCAACGAAAGAUUAUAAGAAAUAUAACAACCACAAACGACGCCAUCAUCAUUUAAAUUCGAAGGAAACAAAGGUUUAUACUUGUAGAUGUUGUGUGUUGACCUUCAAGACCACAUCAAGAAGGAGUAAACAUGAGCUCACUUUUCAUUCGGAUCAAUUUUAUAAAUGCAAUGUUAAAUCCUGCACUAGUGUAUUUAAGUAUAAACAUGAAUUAGAAAAACACUUAUUAAAUCAUAAAAAUAAUGGUCUUUUGAAAUGCAAGAAAUGUAACAAGAAAUUUGUUAAUAGAAGUAAGUUAACACCACACGAAGAUACAUGCAUAAGGAAUAUGACAGCAAACGAACAGACUCAAGGUCACUUAUGCGGAAAUAGUUUGGAAGAAAAUCAGCAGGAUUAUUAGGACACGUGAAAAAACAUAAAGAUGAAAUGUUCGAUUGCUUUUGUGGACAAAUAUUUGACAGUUUACAAAAUCUCAAUUAAUAUUAAAAACAAUGUCACAAUGAUUUUAUGCUUGAACCGUUUUGCGAGAAAGAGAUUUCAAAAGAGAGUGACGAUAGUAACGAUUCAUAUUCAGAUGAAAUGGAAUACAGCACACAAAACCCGAGAAAAAACAAAAACGUUUGAACUUUAUGUUUUCGUGCAUAAACAUAUGAAGAGUGAUCCAGCGGCGGCGUGGGCACAGCAGCGUUUACAAGCUUCAAAGGCUUAAUUUUUCAUACUUUAAAAUCCUUCAUUUUUUGUCAAAAAUAUUUAUAUAUUUUCGUCUUUCAUUUGUCGAUUUUCCUUGACCGUAUUUAAAUGGUACAGAUCUACCUUAUUUGGUAUAUGAAAUAAUAGUACGUUGAACAUAUGUCAAUUUGGCAGGUGUCAUCUCCCUUGGCCUUAUGUGCAAUGGUUCAGGUGUAGAGUGAAGUUUGUAUGUGCUAGUCUAUUUUCUUAUAUUGUAUGCAAUAGGUAAAAUAUAUUUAAUGCAUACAAAUAUUUUACGAUGUACAUGUCAGUCGAACAUGUUUUUAUUAUACCGUUUUUUGUUUUUUGUUCUUUGGUUUAUUUCUAUUUAUUUUAUUCUAUAAGUAUUCUGAGUCAUCUAUAUUUGGUGUAUUGAAUGAUUGCAAACAUUUUUUUUCAUUUUUUCACUUUUUUAUGAUUCAACCAGACAAAAUCAAAUUCAAUUAUUUGUUCAUAUGUCGUUGUCAAUGCCCCUUAAAAGAAACCAAUAUUUAUAAAUAAAAAUGCUGCCUAAAGCAACCAAGAAUCAAUCAAUUGAUAAAUUUAAAAAAUUAGAUAUUUAAAUUUGAGAAUGGAAAUGGGGAAUAUGUCAAAGAGACAACAGCUCAACCAUAGAAAAAACAACAGCAGAAGGUCACCAACAGGUCUGCAAUGUAGUGAGAAAUUCCCGCACCCGGAGGCGUCCUUCAGCUGGCCCCUCAACAAAUAUAUACUAGUUUAGUGAUAAUGAACGCCAUACUAAUUUAAAAUAAAAUAAUACAAGACUAACAAAGGCCAGAGGCUCCUGACUUGGGACAGGCGCAAAAAUGCGGCGGGGUUAAACAUGUUUGUGAGAUCUCAACCCUCCCCCUAUUGCUCUAACCAAUGUAGAAAAGUAAACGCAUAACAAUACGCACAUUAAAAUUCAGUUCAAGAGAAGUCCGAGUCUGAUGUCAGGAGAUGUAACCAAAGAAAAUAAACAAAAUGACAAUAAUACAUAAUAACAACAGACUACUAGCAGUUAACUGACAUGCCAGCUCCAGACUUCAAUUAAACUGACUGAAAGAUUAUGAUUUUAUCAUAUGAACAUCAGGCACAAUCCUUCCCGUUAGGGGUUUAGUAUCAUACCAUCAUAACAUAUAUGAGAAGAACAUAACCCGUGUCAUGCCGACAACUGGUUUUUGAAUAAAUGUGUUUAGUUCCGAUGCAAAGACCCUAUAAGUGAAUCAAUAUUAACGCCAAAAUAUGCAAUCUUUAAUGACCUGACAACAUUAUCGU